AUGGGUGCGUGUGUCUCCAAGACGCCUCAAGAACAGCAGGGCUCUGGCAACGUCAUCAGCCAACACGGCAGCAGCGACAAAAGCCAGCCCGCCGUGGCUGGCAAGCUGGCUGAAACCAAUGGCACAUGUGAAAAAGACGUUCCUGCCGACUCGUUUAAGCUUAUGAACGGCUUGCUGUUGGAGAUGAACACCAUCACCGGCGCCGCUCCUGGCCUGGUGUUGCCGGAGCUGGCGGAAUGCAUCGUUGACCACCUACCGGGCGUCGACAUGUGCAGCAUCACUGCUGUCAUAGAGCCGGAGGACGGGCCGCCCGCGGUCGGCGUCCUGCUCGCCGCGCACGGCGUCGGCGCAAGCGUCGCGGGGGACAAACCUGUGAUGCACGCGCGGAGCGGCGGCAGCGGCGCAGGCGGCGUUGAGGCGUGCUGGAGUGUGCUGCGCGUCCACCAGGGGUGCGGGCCAAAGGUGCUGCGGUGGUGCGCCCCUGCGGACGGGCGGCAGCAGUCGCCUCUGGCAUCCGGCCGGGUGUGCGCGCAGGCGCCGAUGCCGGCCUCGGAGCUCGCCCCAUCGGCGCCGCCCCUUCCGCCGCAGCCCCCGCCCCCACCGCCCCCGCCGCGCGACUUCCACGCGCUGAGCGAGCGCGCCGCCCUGAAAGACUUCUUGGCAGCCCCCAUAUCUGCGGGCGGGCGCGUGUUGGGGUCCCUCACGGUCGCCUCGACGCGCCGCGGCGCGUUUGACGGCUGGGCGUGGGAGCCGACGGUGACGAUGGCCGCGACGGGGCUGCUGCCGCACCUGCUCAACCCCCAGGUCGGCGAUGGCACUGCGAUGCUGAACCCCCUCUGGCGCUUGCACACGGCACCACCGCAGCUCGUCAACCUGUGCAAGCUGCUGGUCAGGGGCCUGAGCCGCUUCAUGGCGCAGGUCACCAACAUGAGGAUGGCCCUGCGCCUGGGCCUCAUCGGCGGCGACAGGAUGCUGCUGGUAGAGAACGAGGCGGCGCGGCGGCAGCAAGGGCCCGCCCAGCAGCAGCAGCCGUCUGAGGAGAUCGCCGGCGGCGGCCUGGGGGCGGCGGGGCGGCGGCGCGGCAGCUCGAGCUUCACCAGCGGCGGCACGACCCUCUCAAGCGGCGUCAGCGCUGACAGCGCCGGCGCCAGCGCCGGGGCCUCCGGCGCCCCUGGUGCGUCGCCGGCUCGGCGAACAGUGGUGACGGAGCUGCCGCUGGCGCACACGCUGCUGGGCAGCGCUGCUGCGGCGCACACAGCGCGGUUCAUAUCCGACUGCGCGCUCUACUUCCAGGUGCAGUGCGGCGCGGUGCAGUGCAGUGUGGGCGCGCCCCACCCCGCGUGCGACGUCUUCACGCCCGCCUCGCGCGUCGUGGCCGCGCUCGUGGUCGUCCCCCUCAUACGCGGCAGCGCCGCGUUUGGCGGCCUCUACUUUGCCCUCGACGCCCCCAACGCCUGCGGCCAGCUGCAGGGCCCAAUACUGGCCGCCACAAGCCUCGUGUCCAUGCUGCUCGCGUCGAAGCUGGAUAGGAUGUUUGGCGCGCUGCGCGCCCGCGCGCCGGCGGACUCCGCCUGGUCGCUCUCGAGCAGCGGCCGCCAGGGCAGCGGCUCCGCGGCAGCGGCCGGUGCCGGCGCGGGGGGGAGCGCGCGCAAGUCGGGGUCCGGCCGGGGCACGGCGGCUGCUGCGGGCGAUGCUAUGAUCGUUUGCGGCGAGGGGUCUGGGGACGCGGGCGAGGCUGUCGGCGGCGGCGGCGGGGCGUGGGGCGGGGCGGACGUGAGCGGCGGGAGCUUCAACAGCGGGCCGGUCUGCACAGAGGCGAUUCUGAAGGUCGUGCAGCAGAAGCUGUCGGCCUCCCACUCAGUGUGCAGCGCCGCGGCGGACUGCGAGACGGCGCCCGCGAGGCGGCUGGAGGGGCUGAGCCUGAAGGCGGUCAUUGGGCGCGGCGGGUACGGCGUCUGCUACAGGGGGAUCUACAGGGGCACGCCUGUCGCUGUCAAGGUCCUGUAUGCGUCUGACCAGCGGAGCGCCAUGAAGGAUGCGAUGGAGAUGGCGGUGCUGAGUCACGUGCGUCACCCGGGCAUCGUCACUGUGUACGACUGCCUGACAGACGUCGUCGAGGUCAGGCAGGAGUCUGGUUCUGCUGCGCUGCCGCAUUACCGGGCGGCACAGCCAGGGGAGGACCCCGGCCUGGCGGUCUGCAACAUGAUCAUCAUGGAGUUGUGCGACCUGGGCACGCUGCGCGAGGCCAUCAAGCGCGGGGUGCUGCACCAGCGCGUGAGCCAGUCGAUGGCGGCGGUGGACCUGGACAAGGUCGUCAGGGUCCUGCUGGAGGUGUCGCGCAGUGUGGAGCACAUGCACGAGAGGAAGCUGCUGCACUGCGACAUCAAGAUGGACAACAUUCUGCUGAAGAGCGACCCCACCCGCGACCUGGGCUUUUGCUGCAAGCUGGCAGACUUUGGGCUGGCCAAGAUGCUCAACGAGGAGUGUUAUGUCAACAACCGCAGCGGCAGCGGGACCAUCACUCACGUGGCGCCGGAGAUGCUGCUGCCCAACACCAAGCUCACCACCGCUGUCGACGCCCACGCAUUCGGCAUCCUCAUGUAUGAGGUGUACACAGGGAAACGCGUGUACGCGGGCCUGACACGCGGGCAGAUCCUGGAUCAAGGGGCGCGUCCCUCGUUCCCCGCCACGGCGCCCCACACCCUGGCGGCCCUGGCCUCCCUCUGCUGCGCCCAGGAGCCCAGCCUGCGGCCGUCAUUCGAAACCAUCUCGUCCGUGCUGGAAGAGAUGCUCCCGCCCAGCACGGGCUGA